GUCGGAAGCGGGUUGGCUGGCUUGCGCGAUGGCGUCAGGCGAGGACGCGGGGCGCGCGGGGGAGGAGGAGGAGGCGGGGCCGGAGGAGGUUGGCGCUGUCAAGCCCGGAUCAGAACGCUGAGGGGGGAGCACGUCGACGCGCUGCCAGGAACUUGUCUGCUGCUGCAGAACAAAAAUGUUUCACUUAAGGACUUGUGCUUCUAAAUUGAGGCCACUAACUGCCUCACAGACUGUUAAGACAAUUUCUCAGAAUAAGCCAGCAGCACCAAGGACGUUUCCACAAAUCAGGUGCUACAGUGCACCUGUUGCUGCUGAGCCAUUUUUGAGUGGGACUAGUUCGAACUAUGUGGAGGAAAUGUACUAUGCUUGGUUGGAAAAUCCCAAAAGUGUACAUAAGUCAUGGGACAUAUUCUUCCGCAAUGCCAAUGCUGGAGCUGCUCCAGGUACUGCGUACCAAAGCCCCCCUCCAUUAAGUACCAGCCUGUCUGCACUAACACAUGCACAGUCUUUGGUCCAAGCACAGCCAAAUGUAGAUAAGCUGGUGGAAGAUCACCUUGCAGUCCAGUCUCUCAUCCGGGCAUAUCAGAUUCGAGGGCAUCAUGUAGCACAGCUCGACCCACUGGGCAUUUUGGAUGCUGAUCUGGACUCUUCCGUUCCAGCUGAUAUUAUCACUUCCACAGACAAACUGGAUCUUGCAGUAUUCAAGGAGCGGCUGAGAGUGCUAACAGUAGGAGGGUUUUAUGGACUGGAAGAGUCGGACCUCGACAAGGUCUUUCACUUGCCCACCACCACAUUCAUUGGGGGAAACGAGUCUGCUCUACCGCUUCGGGAAAUCAUCCGCCGUUUAGAGAUGGCUUACUGCCAGCACAUUGGUGUAGAAUUCAUGUUUAUCAAUGAUCUGGAGCAGUGCCAGUGGAUAAGGGAGAAAUUUGAGACGCCUGGUGUCAUGCAGUUCACUAAUGAGGAGAAGCGCACCCUGCUGGCUAGGCUGGUCCGGUCAACCAGAUUUGAAGAGUUCCUGCAUAGGAAGUGGUCUUCUGAAAAACGGUUUGGUUUGGAAGGCUGCGAAGUACUGAUCCCUGCCUUAAAGACAAUAAUUGAUAAAUCAAGUGAGAAAGGAGUGGAUUCUGUUAUCAUGGGAAUGCCUCACAGAGGUCGUCUAAAUGUUCUUGCCAACGUGAUCAGGAAGGAACUGGAGCAAAUUUUCUGCCAAUUUGACUCCAAGCUGGAGGCUGCAGAUGAGGGCUCAGGGGAUGUGAAGUACCAUUUGGGAAUGUAUCACCGGAGAAUUAAUCGUGUCACUGACCGGACCAUCACGCUUUCAUUGGUUGCGAACCCUUCUCACUUGGAGGCAGUUGAUCCUGUGGUUCAGGGCAAGACGAAAGCAGAACAGUUUUAUUGUGGGGACACUGAAGGAAAGAAAGUGAUGUCCAUUCUUCUGCAUGGAGAUGCUGCUUUUGCUGGGCAAGGUAUAGUUUAUGAGACUUUCCACUUGAGUGACUUGCCUUCCUAUACAACGCAUGGGACAGUUCAUGUGGUGGUGAACAACCAGAUUGGAUUCACUACCGACCCUCGUAUGGCUCGUUCUUCUCCAUACCCAACAGAUGUGGCCCGGGUGGUGAAUGCACCCAUUUUCCACGUGAAUGCCGAUGACCCAGAGGCUGUGGUUUAUGUCUGCAACGUGGCAGCUGAAUGGCGAAGCACUUUCCACAAAGAUGUCGUGGUAGACUUGGUGUGCUACAGGCGAAACGGGCACAACGAGAUGGAUGAGCCAAUGUUUACCCAGCCACUGAUGUACAAGCAAAUCCGAAAGCAGAAGCCAGUGUUGCAGAAAUAUGCCGAGAUGCUAGUUUCACAAGGAGUGGUAAAUCAGCCCGAGUAUGAGGAAGAAAUUUCCAAGUAUGAUAAGAUUUGCGAAGAAGCCCAUGCCAGGUCCAAGGAUGAGAAAAUCCUUCACAUCAAGCACUGGCUCGAUUCUCCCUGGGCUGGAUUCUUUACUCUGGAUGGCCAGCCCAGGAGCAUGACCUGCCCUUCUACUGGUCUGAAUGAAGAAGAUUUGGUCCAUAUUGGACAGGUGGCCAGCUCCGUCCCUGUUGAAAACUUCACAAUUCAUGGCGGUUUAAGCCGGAUUCUAAAAACACGUGGUGAGAUGGUGAAUAAUAGGACUGUAGACUGGGCCUUGGCUGAAUACAUGGCAUUUGGCUCUCUCCUUAAAGAGGGAAUCCACAUCCGACUGAGCGGCCAGGAUGUUGAGAGGGGAACUUUCAGCCACAGGCAUCAUGUGCUGCACGAUCAGAAUGUGGACAAGAGGACUUGUAUCCCUAUGAACCAUCUGUGGCCGAACCAGGCUCCAUACACAGUCUGCAACAGCUCUCUCUCGGAAUACGGAGUCUUGGGAUUUGAGCUGGGCUUUGCUAUGGCCAGCCCCAACGCUUUAGUGCUGUGGGAAGCCCAGUUUGGUGACUUCCACAAUACCGCUCAGUGUAUUAUCGAUCAGUUCAUCUGCUCCGGACAGGCCAAGUGGGUGAGGCAGAAUGGCAUUGUACUGCUGCUUCCCCAUGGCAUGGAGGGCAUGGGCCCUGAGCACUCUUCUGCCAGGCCAGAGCGAUUCCUGCAGAUGUGCAAUGAUGAUCCAGAUGUCUUCCCGAAACUAGAUGACUUUGAUGUGCGCCAGCUGUAUGACUGCAACUGGAUCGUAGUGAACUGCUCCAGCCCAGCCAACUUUUUCCAUGUGGUGCGGAGACAGAUUCUUCUCCCCUUCCGAAAGCCGCUGAUAGUCUUCACUCCAAAGUCACUGUUGCGUCACCCAGAAGCUCGCUCCAGGUUUGAUGAAAUGUUACCAGGCACACACUUCCAGCGUAUCAUCCCAGACAGUGGCCCUGCUGCCCAGAACCCAGAGGGCGUCAAGCGAGUUCUUUUCUGCACUGGCAAAGUCUAUUAUGAGCUCACUCGAGAGCGCAAGGCCCGUCAGAUGGAAAUGGAUGUGGCCAUCACAAGGGUGGAGCAGCUGUCUCCGUUUCCCUUUGACCUCCUGCUGAAGGAAUUUCAGAAAUACCCAAACGCAGAUCUGGUUUGGUGUCAAGAAGAGCACAAGAACCAAGGAUACUACGAUUACGUGAAACCUAGACUCCGCACAACCAUCGACCGUGCAAAACCUGUCUGGUAUGCCGGACGUGAACCUGCCGCUGCGCCAGCUACCGGCAACAAGAAGAACCACCUGACCGAGCUCCAGCGCUUCCUGGACACGGCGUUCAACCUCGACGCUUUCAAGGGCUUGUCUUAGAUACAUUUGGAACUGGUUCCACAGCACACUGUGUGUGUUUCUGUCUGUCUGCUCACCUCCUCUCUGUGUCCUUAACUCUAGACCCUGUAAACUAACUUAAAACACCUAUUAUUAACUUCUUGUUUGCUCUGGAGGAACGGCCUCUUGAAUUACCCCUGUCCCUGGUGUUUAUGUUAAGAUUAUUUUCUGUAUGCUGCAGCUCAAACUUUUAGAAGAAUGUGGUGUCACUCCAGCACAAGGCUGUAUCUUUUAAGAGAAGCGUGGCACUGAGGGCCUUGGCAGAACUGCUGUUUGCCUUUCAACGGAGGGUCUGGUUCCCCCCCCCCUUGGAGAUUGCGAUGGCUCCAGGUGAAUUGCAGGUCAUUGUUUCCAACCCCAAAGUGCUACUAAAAGCAGUUUUGAAUUGCAACCCAGAUUUGCCCAACUGGAGGGGCAAGAGGAAUGUUCCUCUUCUCAUGCCCCUUGCCUCUUUAAGUGUUUAACCUGGCAUCGUUCUGAAUUGUGGGGUGAGAUUCCUCUUUCUUGAAACACCACAACCCCUAGCACUGAAAACCCUGGACUAGCACCCUGAACCACUGCUGCUGUUUCCUGUGGUUUAGCAGUGGUCUAGCAUUGCCCAGGCUGGACACAUCCAUCCCAAAUCCCAGCAUUCUGAAGAAAACAUAUUUUUUAAUCCUUCCUUUCUUUUUUUUUUAAAUGAAAAAGAUGGAAAACUUCCAGCCAGGCACUAGCUUGGUUUCCUGUUUUAUCAAGUUGCAUUCCGCAGUAAAUCCUAUAUCACAUCCUGGGUAGGAGUCUCUUAAUUGGGGACACAGUCAGUCACCACAGCCGUAUGGGCCUUUGGGAUUUUUUUAAGCUGUCACCCUGUGCCUAGAUAAUGUUAUACUUGGUAAUUCUAAAAUCCACAUAGUUCCCACCAACUAAUAUGUUUUAGGGGAAAACCUGGCAUAGAUGCUUGGAUCUCACCAAAGCAUGUCCUUGUUCUUGAUUGUAAUUCCACAUCAAGAGCAACAGACAUAUUUGAGACUCUCUCUCUUCUCUCCCUUACGCAGAGGGGUGACUGCUUUUCCUUCACAGGACACAGUUACGUUACACACCUUUCCUGGAUCUCGGGCAAAUAGGUCCACCUCUGGUGCACUCAUGGAAGAAACAGUUUAACACAAGUACUUUGCAGUGUUUACUUGGAAUUCAGCAAUAUUUUUAAGGUACACUUGUGCAUAUGGAAUUAGCGGACGAAAUAAGUUUUUAGAAGACUGAAAGUUCCAUGUCCUGUCUCAUGAAAUGUUUGGAAAGACCUGGAUCAUAUCUGUUUAGCAUUAUUGAUAUGUGGCUUGCACAGCGGAGGGGGAGGAAGACAUAGUUGCAGCGGUGACCCUGACCUGCACGAGGCUUUCUGUCCAAAUACCUAUUUGUGCCAGGUGGUUUAAACAUGGAUAUUGUAUAAAACAACCCACCGCUGCUGGACAGGAGUGCUGCUUGCCCUGUGUUCUCUUCGCUCGAUGAACUUGGAAGCACUGUAGCUGGAGGUAGGACGGUUUGCAUGAGGCCUUCUAAAUUAACAGUAGCAGCACGCCCUAAUGAGCGGGGGUGGGGGGGCGAAAGAAGGAGCAUCUGUCUCUGGUUCCUGGCUGCAUUGGUUCUUCCUCUGUCUCCCAUCCCGCCCUGCCCCAUUAACAGAAGCCCAGGUUGGCCAUUCCUCAGACAGAGGGGCACAGGCAGCCGCGCCUCAUUUGCCCCCCCCCCCCGUUAGGAUGAACUCCUACUGUGAAUUAUGUAGCUUCACAAGCAGGGGUACACCAAAUGGGUUAAGCAGAUAGGUAGCUCCAAUCACCACCCUUUCUGUGAGCUCCCCGUCCCAAUUCCUGUUCUACAUCUCGGGAUCUCAGGUUUCCUUAGCUUUGUAGACACACCCCAUGCUCCCCAAAGGCUUCCUCGACCUUUCUGAGCAAGGCUGCUCAGUCGGCUGUGUCUCAAGGCGAUCCCAGGCCUGAUCCCAGGCUUGCCCAUCCAUGCGCACACGGGAAUGUCUGAGCUGCCCUUAGCGGCACUGGAGUCUCUCAUCUUCCACCGACGCAAAGGUUGCCACUGUCCAAACCCGCCUGCGAGGCUUUUCUGGCAGAGGCUGAUAGGUCCUCCGCUGCCUUUACCCGUUUCCAAUACUGGUGACGGCUUCUAAUGACGCUAACGAUACAGCAGGCUCCCAGGAAGAGACUGUACCUUCCUUCCUUUGCAUCACGUAGUCAACACAGCAUCACAUGGUGAUGGUGGCAGAAGCAUGACUUGUUUGGCAGGGGUGUUCCAAGAGGUGAAAUUCUGAACCCAGUAGAGCAGGGGUGGGGAACCUUGGCCCUCCAGCUGUUUUUGAACUACCACUCCCACCAUCCCCAGCCACAGGGAUGAUGGGAGUUGUAGUUCAAAAGCAGCUGGAGGGCCAAGGUUCUCCACCCCUGCAGUAGAGUCUGCCUUCCGUGGACAGGACGCGGAAGGCAGCGUUCUGUUUCUUUCGCACACGCAGAGGUGCACCUCUGCUGAAGUCCGUGCAUGUUCCGUGUCGGCCUCUUGAGCUUCAGAAGGUGAGCCGUGAGAGCAGUCAUCCCGUGUCGGUGCCUCCCAACUCAAAGAGAGAAGAAACUCUGAACCUUCUAGGCUGUCUGCAAUCGGUGUCCAGCUCUGUGUCCAUCUGGCUGGCCCCUGGUCAAUACUGAGUGCGAUACAGCUACCCCACCAGCUUUCUUCUGUGUGUGCUGCCAGCCAUACCAAACCAGUGUGCCAUCUUGUGAAUAAAGAUUUUUUGUAAUAAUAUCAGGACUUUGUGCUGCUUCACUAGUGGGAACAGCACCCUCACAAAGUGACGCCUGCUGUUGGAGGGGUAGGUUGGCCAUCGGGACGGGCUUUCUGCUUACUCCAGGCAGGGCAAAAAUGUCUCUGUAGCUCUGCAGAGGAAAAAUCUGGGUGUCUAACUUUUGCCAAAGCUGGGGCCAGUGGGAGGAGGUGGGUGCCUGUUUGGGGCUUCAACUACCCCGGGACUUCCCUCACAGCCUGACUUAUUUAUUUUGGUUUUAAGACAAAAUUGAGGCUGAGAUCUGUCUGGCUUAAAUAAUAAAGCCUGUUUUUCUGGC